GCAGCACUCUGUAUAAACGCCCCACUCGUGUUCAGGUUCAGCUGUAUGUAUAGUAUAUACCUGUAGGGCUCAUACUCACACACACAAAGAGAGUGAGGGCAAAAAACAAAAGUGUUACAUCUGCCUCGAACUUCCGCCUUGGCUGAGAGUUGAGUAACCUGUUUGCUGGUGAGUCAGUCCGCCUAUAAAUCUCUGUGCAGCUUGGCGCCUGUAGAUCAUUCGCGGACAGCAGGAGAUACUACUUGCACAGACGGGGGAGAAACACAACAGUCCCCUGAACAUAGACAUGCUGCUUCCACUGCUGCUCCUCACUGCCGGACUCCUGCUCCCCCACCAGCCUGCAGCCUCUUUCAAGUUAACAUUUGAACCAUAUUAUGAAGUUGUAUUCCCAAAGAAGAUUCAUACUCAGUACAAGAGGGAUGUUCAGGGCAAGUAUCCUGAUAUGCUGCAGUAUGGCCUUCACAUAGGAGGGAAGCACCUGGUCUUACACCUAGAGAAGAAUGAAGACCUGCUGUCUGCAAAUUACACUGAGACUUAUUACCUGCCGGAUGGGACACCAGUAACAACCAGCCCUAAAAUCCAGCAUCACUGCUAUUAUCAAGGAAAUGUGAAGAAUGAUAACAGCUCGCUGCUGAGUCUUAGUACAUGCAGUGGGUUAAGUGGGCUCAUCCAGACAGAAGGCCAAAUGUAUCUAAUUGAGCCUCUGAAGGAAACUGACAGCGAGGCACAUGCUGUGUAUGAGGCCCAGAUGGAGAUACCCAAAACUUGUGGAGUGGACAACACAACGUAUAGAGAGGAAAUUGUUGUCAAGAAAUCUCGUUCCGGCACCUCUGCUGAGCAACAGCAAAUUCUGAAGGCUCAGAAGUACGUCCACUUGUAUGUUGUUGCAGAUAAUUCAAUGUUUGUUAAGUACAACCGCAGUAUCCCUAUAGUCAACACAAGAAUCUAUGAAAUAAUAAAUUUUGUCAAUGUGGUGUAUAAGGCCAUAAACACCUUUGUUGCGCUGACCGGGAUAGAGGUUUGGAAUGUGAGCGAUCAGUUUAAAGUUGUGACGUCAGCCUCUCAGAAUCUGGGUGCUUUCUCAGAUUGGAGGAAGAACGUCCUUCUGCGUAGGAAUCCAAAUGACAACGCUCAGUUUCUGACAAAUACAGAUUUUGAUGGUGCUACAGUUGGACUGGCGUUUGUGGCCACAAUGUGCAGUGAUUCCCAUUCUGCUGGAGUAAUUCAGGAUCACAGCAAACCUUCCAUUGCCGUUGGUGCUACAGUUGCUCAUGAGAUGGGGCACAACUUGGGAAUGAACCAUGAUACCAGCUCUUGUUCUUGCGAUGCCAACUCCUGCAUUAUGGCACCAGCCCUCAGUUAUAACACGCCUCGCUUGUUCAGUAGCUGCAGUUUACAGAACUACCAGGAUUUUCUCUUUAGCCAAAUGCCACAGUGUAUUCUGAUUGUGCCGCUGAAAGAAGAUAUUAUAACACCGGCAGUGUGCGGGAAUAAGUUCACUGAGAUUGGGGAGGAUUGCGAUUGCGGCACAGUGGAGGAAUGCACCAAUCCGUGCUGUGACGCCGCCACUUGCAAACUCGUGCCAACUGCAAAGUGUGCCGAGGGUGAAUGCUGUGAUAACUGUCAGAUUAAGAAACCUGGAGAUGUGUGCAGAGCCGCCAAGGAUGACUGUGACCUGGCAGAUUUGUGUGACGGGAUGUCCCCUGUGUGUCCCUCCGACCGCUUCCGUGUCAAUGGCUUCCCCUGCAAGAAUGGGCAGGGCUACUGCUUUAAUGGGAGGUGUCCAACCCACCAGAGCCAGUGCACAACACUGUGGGGUGCAAGUUCUGUGGUGAGUGAAGACUCCUGCUUCAACGCGAACACAAAAGGGGUUAGCUACGGAUAUUGUACCAUGGCUGGGGCUACCUAUGUUCCCUGCAAACCUAAGGAUAUAAAAUGUGGCAUGCUGUUUUGCUAUGGAGGCAGCACCCAGCCCAGUGUUUAUGCUUCUGUCGCUGAGUUUUCCAGAUGCAGAGCCGUCCUGGCUCCGGCAGGAAUGGUGCAAAAUGGGACAAAAUGUGGAGAUGGAAUGGUCUGCUACAGUGGUAGUUGCACCAGUAUUGAAAGUGCCUACAGGUCAACCAACUGCUCUGAAAAAUGCUCGGGACAUGCGGUUUGUGACCACGAGCUGCAAUGUCAGUGUGAAGAGGGCUGGGCUCCUCCCACUUGUGAGGUCACCUCCCCAACAAAUAUUGUUAUUAUCAUCGUCGUGAUCAUUAUUGCUCUUGCCCUUGUCAUUGGACUUGUGCUUCUGGUAAUAUUCUGCAGGAGAAAGGGGAAGAAGCAGAGUACCAGCAGCUUUCCAGAAACUGUUGACGGUUCAACAAAUCCAUCGUUUCGUAACCGCCCCCCAGCUCAAAUGCAGCAUUUCCCCCAAGUACCUAAACCAGAGCCGGCUACAGACAAGACUUGGCCAUCCAGCCGAGUUGGUUACCAGGCGCCUCAGUAUUCUGUGACUACAGCAUCUCCUCAACCUGAACCAAAACUAAAGAAACCAACUGUCGCUCCACCCCCUAUACCUUCUGCUAAACCAGCGCCUCCUUCUGCACCACCAAAGGCGCUGAAGCCCCCGGUGAGGAGUUAAGAUGGACAAUGCCACAAAAGAGAUUGUGGGUAUUAACCUGUGUGACUACUGCUCAGCAGUUUAGACCAUGAAGAGUCUGCCUGCACCUCUCUAGCUGUUGCUAGGUCACUGAACAUCUCUGAACACUGUUUUGGGAGUACUGGUACUGUGGUGUGAGCCUGUAAGGACAUAGAGAAGGAUUGUGCUUUUAUUUGUUUUACUAUUUGGUGUUGGGUAAGAAUCUUUGUAUCUGAGACGCUCAGAUCUUGACUGAUCUAAAGUUUAUAUACGUCAUUGUCAGGUGCCGCCAUUUCUGUUGCUGCUGUGGCCUCCUCCCAUGUGACUGGGUGAGGAACCAAAAUCCCCCUGUUAUCUUAAAUGUUUCUCUCCCCCUGUAUAUAUUUUAAAUGAUCUUUGUGUGAUAUUCUGAUAUUGUCUUUUUAAUUUUUAAUUCUAAUACUGUAUAUUUACUUUAUACUGCUGAAUGAAUACACUUAGGGUAAUGGAAUGUUUUGAUCGCAGAGAAAGGAAGCAGUCAAAACACCCCAUCCAUAUUGAAUAUUAAUAGUGGUGACAGGUGGAAAGAGGUAUUUAGUUGGCCUUUAACCACCAAUGUUUUCCACUGGAUGGCAGCAGCAGACCAUAGAUGUGCACUCAGAAUCUUUGAAAGCAGUGCACCUUGGGAGAAAAUUGUCAUUCUGUUGCUCAAGGGACCACAGUAGAGCAUGAGUCACUACAUGUCCACCUAUCUCUUUCGUGCAGAAAGGAAUUCUCAGGGCAUUAUGGGUAUCUGCCAUUCCUUAUUGUCUCUUUUUCUAUGGUUCUAGAAAGAGAACAAUUUCCUUCCACUUUCUGUACUGUAAAUACAUAUGUAAAUAGUUUAUGUCAAUAGAGGAUAGUGUAGGGAAGUGUGAGAAUGAGCAAGAGCUGGGUAUUGAGGGGCGUGCGUGAGCUAUUUAUUGUUGUGUGCCAUGUGGUUAGUCCCUUACAAUCCUGUUGUUUGUCAGCCCAUUAGUUCCAAUUUUAGUACCAGUUUGAUUCACUGUACAUCCAGUGCCAACGACUGCAGAAAUCAGAUUUUAUCAGAUAUUUUUAUUACAUAUGCACCUUUAUGAAAAAGGCUCCUUUUACUGUUUUGUAAAACUUUGUAUAUUUUAUACACUGUAACUUUCAAUAAACUCUCGUUUUAUCAA